AUGGCGGCCACCUUAUCACUACUGAGACAGCCAUCUCUCUCGGAAUACACUGGCAGUUAUAAAUCAACUGACGGGAGACACGAAAUUGUCAUCACGGAAUACCCAAUUAGCUCCAGUGUACUCAUUAUGGGACACACGACGUUCGAUCACCGUGGGAACCCAAGGCCUACCGUAUAUUGCCACCUUGUCCACAACUUCUGGGGCUGGUGCUGUAGAAGUCAUUACAUCGACAACUUGGAAGCUAUUGAAGCGGUACUUCAAGACAUUCAACGGGGCCCACUCUAUUCAGUCGAAUUCUGGGCGGUCCUGAACGGGGAUCGUGCCGAUCUCAAAGUCAAGUUCAGAUACCUAGCCUUGUCGGGCGAAAUGGUAGAGAUGACUUGCGACAAAUUAGAUCGGAGGACUGAUCGGGAAUAA